AUGUUCAGAUCCAUAAGAUCCCUUUCUAGCACGAACCGGGUGUAUCUGUCGUUCAAACAUGCCACCACCAGAAACACCAUUGCCGAUAUAUACCUGAUGUACCAUCAAAAGGUCCCGAUUUCCAUGGUUACUAGUCAUGACUUCAUUACUGCAAAAUUCGCUGAGCAGGCACAAAUUGACAUAAACCUUAUUGGUGACUCAUUGGCAAUGGUGGCAUUGGGGUAUGACGAUACUAAUGAGGUCAGCUUUGACGAAUUUCUCUACCAUGUCCGCUCGGUGUCUCGAGGUAACUCCAAGUCCUUGCUAAUUGCAGACCUUCCGUUUGGCUCUUAUGAAAUAUCGGCUGACCAAGCACUUGAGACAUCGAUAAAAAUGGUCAAAUCAGGAAGAGUGCAGGGAAUCAAACUAGAGGGUGGCCUCGAAGUGGCUCCGGUGGUGUCGAAGAUUGUGGCAGCAGGAAUCCCAGUUAUUGGUCAUGUGGGACUAACUCCACAAAGACACAAUACUCUUUCGGGUUUCAAGUUGCAAGGUGCCACCACCGAAAGUGCCAUGAACAUAUACAAGGACUGUUUAGCCCUCCAGAAGGCAGGGGCGUUUGCGGUGGUAUUAGAAUGUAUCCCCAAUAAACUUGCCCUGCUCAUUACCGAAAACUUGAAUAUUCCAACCAUUGGCAUUGGAGCUGGCCCUGGGUGCUCGGGUCAUGUGCUCGUCAUGGCCGAUAUGCUAGGUAUGAACGGGCCCAGUAAUGCGCCAAAGUCCAAGUUUGUCAAGGAGUAUGCAAAUUUAUAUGAGACUGCAGUCGAAGGUUUGCAGCAGUACAAAGCGGAUCUUAUUUCUCAGUCAUAUCCGGACCCUGAAGUGCAUGGGUAUAAGAUGAAGAAGGAGGUUUUGGCACAGGUGAAGCAGUACAUCAAAUCCUAG